GUCAAAGUUGCAGCAUCUUUUAUAGAUAUCACCAUUGAUGCGUUUCCCUCAUAAAACCAUAUUCAUCUCACAGAGUUAGAGAGAGAAAGGAGUUCUUGAAGUUCUUGUUGUUCUUCGAGUUGUUCAUCUAUGGCCGAUUUAACUGCAACUUCAGGAAGCAUCCAAAGGGAUCGCAUUGAUCCCAGUUCGUAGCGUUUUCACUUUUUUACUUCCCAUGGAAUUUGGAUCAUGCCAUCUCUUUGGAUUUCUCCUGCAGUGCAGUCGCCGCCGCUGCUUGCCACGAACCGUUGUGUUUAUAUCAGUAAGUUUCUUGGAUCAAGUGGAGCACGUGGUAAAAUCUCACAAAUUAGCAGACCCGUCCGGGAAAAACGAGAUCAGAUUUCUCUUCGAUAAUGGUUGAUUUCUCUUCUCCAUUUCUUUUCUCUGUUUUCUUCUUCUCAUUUCUCCACCCCAUUUCUUCAUUCAACCUUCGAGCCCUCCCCAAAGAACCCAAUUUCGAUCCCCACAUUGCCCUCAUCGGAGACGCCGUUCUUGUCGACGGCGACGGUCACGGAGACUGCGGCGAUUCUUUCGUCAAACUCACCCGCCCUGUCGCUUCCAGCUUUGGGCUUCUCUUGCACAACAAGCCCUUGAAGCUUCACGGUUCCACGUCGUUUAAUACUCAAUUCACCUUCGCUGUCUCGCCGGACAACGGGGAUGGUCUCGUUCUUUCACUUUUUCGCGGUGGGGAUUUUCCCCAUAAAAUCUCCCCGGAAAAAUGGCUUCACAGAAUCGAAUUCGUUUCUGGGAAUGGGAGUAAUUUGAAUGGUGGGAUUUUGAAGAUGGAGAAGGGGAUUGUUGUUCCCAACAAUGGGGGGAAAUUGACAUCGUGGGUCGAUUACGAUUCGAGCUUGAAAACGGUGGAAAUUAGGUUGAGUAAAUUUGGGGAAUCGAGGCCGUACGAUCCCUUAUUAGCAUACCCAAUUGAUCUGUCGAGCAAAUGCGAAGGGAGGGGUGUUUUUGUGGGAUUAAGCUCGGGGAAUAGCAAGUCAUCUGAGUGGAGCAGAGUAUUUUCAUGGCGGUUUGGUCUUAGAAAUGUCCCCAAAUGGAUGCAUUCGAUGCCGGUUGAUCCACGCCGGCCUUCCUUAAAACAAGAUGAGGAGGGUUCGCAGAAGAAUCAUCUUCGGCCGCUUACAAUCGUUGCGGGGCUGAUCUUUGCAACUGGUUGCGGUGCGUUAAUGGCGUUUUUGGUGCUGUUCGUGUGGGCAAUUGCGGGCAAUAGAAAUGCCAUUUUUGUUGCCGAACCUCAAUCGGUGGAUUUUCAGUACGAAAAGGUUAGUUUAGUUGUAGAGGUGGAGGGAUCAAAAGAUGAUAGCGUAAGAGGAUGAAGGUUUUGGAGAUUGUUCUUCUUCAGUUCAUAGGAAGUGCCUGCAGUUGUUGUAAUGCAUAUCAUGUUUGUCAUUUGGAUAGUUCUUCUCUGCCUGUUCUUGGGUUUUUCCUUUUGGUUUCCUUUUGGUUUCCUUUCUUCUUGUGAUCAAGAUGGUCCAACAUACUUUCAAAGCUUGAUCUGUACUUUUAUGGUGUAUAAGCCUUGUGGGCAUUCUUCUGCUUAACUAAAUGAUCUGUGUAUUCUUAUUGAAACCAUUUCAUAAUUGGGAUGUGUUCUUCCAUUUAUUAAA